AUGUCGUCAUUGGAUCCUAGUGGGUGCAAGAAAAGGAAGAGAGUCGAGAGGGUGUUUAAGUUCAAGGCAUUUGGCGAACAAGGGUACCCGAUAGAGAGUUGCGGUACUUUUAGAGAUAAUGUAAAGGCUCUCUUAGAAUAUGGAAAUGUAGAAAUGGCGUUCGUGAAUGGAAUGACAUUUUGGUCGUUUCAACUUGAAGUCCAUCGUCACCCUCCGUCCCAUGUCUUGUUAUUUGUGGUUGAAGAGUUGGUAGAGGCUUCGCCCAAUCGUCAUUGCAAGCAUUGUAUAUAUGUUGGGUGGGGCGACCAUAUGAUAUGCAAUAAGAAAUAUCAUUUUUUUGUGCCUUCAAAGGAUACAAUGGCUGCUUUUUUGAGCUAUGAAGGAAACCACAGCAGCAUAGUAAUGGGUAAGUCAAAUUUUGUGGAAUUAAAUGGGCAUACAAUGCAUGGUGUGUUUCACUCUAAUGGAUUUGGGCAUUUGCUAUGUGUCAAUGGGUUCGAGACUGGUUCGAACUUGGCAGGGCACCUUAUAUUGGAAUUUUGGAGCCGUCUUUGUUCCUGCUUGCAAGCCAGGAAAGUUAGCUUGAUUGAUUUGGCAAAGCAGAAAAGCAUGGAAUUGAGGCUGCUUCAUGGGGCAGCAUAUGGUCAAUCAUGGUUUGGUCAUUGGGGUUACCAAUUUGGAAGAGGAACCUUUGGUGUCACACAACAAAUGUAUCAUAAGGCCCUUGAAGCCCUCCAAAACAUUCCUCUCUGCAUCCUUGCUCAUCAUAUCGGCACCUCAAAUAUGGAGAUCCCGAUCUUGUUCUCUAGAUAUCAAACACUUUCUAGCCAUUCUUUGCUGACCCUUGGUGAUCUACUCCGGUUCAUGUUAGACCUCAAAUCCCGGCUUCCUAAAGAGAGUGCUCUGCAGUCAUACAACCCUGGCAUCUUGGUUGAGAAUUCUUGUAGAUGGUCACCUAAACGUAUUGAGAUGGCUGCACGAGUUAUUGUUGAAUCUUUAAAGAAAGCUAAAUUUAGAUGGGUUUCAAGGCAAGAAGUCCGUGAUGCUGCACGUGCCUAUGUUGGUGACACGGGCUUACUAGAUUUUGUGCUCAAAUCGUUAGGGAACCAUGUCGUGGGGAAGUACUUGGUCCGUCGUUGUUUGAACCCUGUAACAAAAGUUUUAGAGUACUGCUUAGAAGACAUUUCUAACCCUACUUCAAAUAAUCAAGAGGAGGUUGAUACAAGUGACUCGAAUCAAUUAAAGGCCCGUUCCAAGAUUAACCGGGUUCAACUCAUGAAUGACAUGUUUUACAUAUACCGCCACAUUCUAAGAGGACAAACAAAAGGCAUGGAUAACACAAUAACCUCUACGAUUUCACUAGCAUCGAGAAUAGUUCUCGAUUCCAAGUACUUCAUUAAAGAUUACACUGGAGAGACACUUUCCAAAAUUGAUUCACAAGUAGGAUCAGAGAAAUCAAAACUCUAUUGCACCGUAGCAAUACAAGAUAAGGGAAGGCUCAACCGCCACGAGGAAGGUGGAGAAGAAAAGUUAAUUAGUGCACCAUAUGAAACGAUCACACUAAAAAACAACGCAACGUUUGAUGAACUCAUAUCAGAAGUUGAGAAAAUUUUUAAGGAAAUAUAUUUGGGAUUUAAGAGUUUCAUGUUAGGGUCAAUAAUCAACUUAAAUAAUAAUCCGAAAGGCUCUGAUCAGGUAUUUAGAGUAACAAAAACCGGUAGCAAACUUGUGUUCCAAGGGAAACUGGUUGAUCAGAUGGGAAUGAACCAUGAUGGCGUAUACGAAAGUGGGUCAAGACAAAGCGUAAUAGUGGAUUGUGGUUGCGGGACAAAAGACGACGAUGGUGAACGUAUGGUGGCGUGUGAUAUAUGUGAAGUUUGGCAGCACACAAGGUGUUUAAAGAUCCCAAACAACGAAGAGAUUCCGAAUAUAUAUGUUUGCAGUCGAUGUGAACAGGACAUCUUAGUUUUACCAACACUGCCUUAA